AUGGAAUAUUCUUCCAUCACCUCUUCAAACCCCAAACAUGAUUUUCAAAGAAAGAUCGCUCUUUUAGGUGCUAGAAAUGUUGGUAAAACAACUUUAACCGUUCGCUUCGUUGAAUCGCGGUUUGUUGAGUCCUAUUAUCCUACUAUUGAAAAUGAAUUCACUAAAAUCAUUUCUUAUAAGAAUCAUGACUGCACUUUAGAGAUUCUUGACACUGCAGGCCAAGAUGAAGGCUCUCUGUUAAGUAUGAAAUCUUUGACAGGUGUACGAGGCAUAUUAUUAUGCUACAGUAUAGUUAAUCGUGCUAGCUUUGAUCUUAUUCCCGUUCUGUGGGACAAGAUAGUGGAUCAUAUGGGUAGGGACGAUCUGCCGGUAAUACUUGUGGGCACCAAGAGUGAUUUGGAAAGAGAUGCAAAAGAUGAAAGUAGGUGCGUGACAAAAGCUGAGGGUGAGAAAUUGGCCUCAACGAUAGGCAGUAAAGAUAAGAAGAAUCAGGCAAUGUUCAUAGAAUGUAGUGCCGAACAAGAUUAUAAUGUUGAAGAAGCUUUUACUCUUGUUCUAAAGCAAAUGGAACGUGUAGAAGGAACUUUAGGUUUUGACGGUGAAAAUAAUAAUAAGUGCAAUAUUAUGUGA